AUGGUUGAAGAAGGCAUAGUCCUUGGGCACAAAAUUUCUCACAAGGGCAUAGAGGUGGACAAGGCAAAGAUAGAGGUUAUUGAAAAGUUGCCACCUCCGGUUAAUGUGAAGGGUGUGAGAUCAUUUUUAGGGCAUGCCGGGUUCUAUAGAAGAUUCAUCAAGGAUUUUUCUCUCAUUGCAAGGCCUCUCAAUGAUCUUCUUCAAAAGGAUGUGGGGUUUGUGUUUGAUGAUAAGUGUUUGGAAGCUUUCAACAAGUUGAAGAAAGCUUUGAUUUCUACUCCCAUUGUCCAAGCCCCUAGAUGGGAUUUACCCUUUGGGUUGAUGUGUGAUGCAAGUGACACGGACAUUGGAGGUGUUUUAGGUCCAAGAGUUGAUAAAAAGCUUCAUGGUCCAAAAAUUAUGUUCACCGAUCAUGUGGCCCUAAAAUAUCUUUUUGGGAAGAAGGAAUCAAAUCCAAGGCUAAUUCGUUGGGUGUUAGAGCUUCAAAAUUUUGACCUUGAGAUUAGAGAUAAGAAAGGAGCGGAGAAUGUUUUGGUGGAUCAUCUAUCUAGACUUGAGGAUUUUCAAGUUCAAGAUGAUGGGUCUCCAAUUGAAGAUAGAAUUUUAGAUGAUUCUUUAUAUGCUAUAGAAGUGAAGGAACUCCCAUGGUUUUCCGAUUUGGUGAAUUAUCUUGCUUGUAGGGAGUUUCCUCCUUCAUUUUCCAAGAAUCGGAGAAAGAAGCUCAAGAGGGAGGCUAGGCAUUAUGUAUGGGAUGAACUAAUUUUGUAUAAAAAGGGUGUUGAUGGGUUAUUGAGGAGAUGUGUUCCAAAUGAGGAGUUACCUAGUGUAUUCAGGAUGUGCCACUCGGAUCCGAGUGGUGGUCACAUAACGGCCUUCAAGACUUGUAUUGGCACUACUCCUUACCGCUUGGUUUAUAGGAAGUCUUGUCAUCUUCCGGUUAAACUUAAACAUCGUACUCAUUGGGCUAUUAAAAAAAUCAAUUUCGACUUGGCAAGUGCGGGUGAGCAACGUUGGCUUGAUCUCCAUGAGUUGGAAGAACUUCGAUUGGAUGCAUAUGAUUGUGCAAGCAUGUAUAAGACUCGUACCAAGGAGAUGCAUGAUAAGCUUAUUGAGAAGAAGGAGUUCAAUGUUGGUGACAAGGUGCUCCUUUACAAUUCUAGGAUGAGAUUAUUUCCCGGGAAGCUAAUCUCUCGUUGGAGUGGUCUUUUUGUUGUUCAAGAGGUUAUUCCUAAUGGUGCUAUUGAAAUAUCUUCUUUGGAUUUCUCAAGAGGUUAUUCCUGA